AAUAGAGGUGCGGUCUGCUCUGUCUGUCACACAUCUAGUACUAUCUAGUACGGAUGGCCUAUGACCUGGGUGACCUGGGAGCAGUCUGCCUCUGUCUGUCACACAUCUAGUACUAUCUAGUACGGAUGGCCUAUGACCUGUGAGCAGUCUUCCUCUGUCUGUCACACAUCUAGUACUAUCUAGUACGGAUGGCCUAUGACCUGGGAGCAGUCUGCCUCUGUCUGUCACACAUCUAGUACUAUCUAGUACGGAUGGCCUAUGACCUGGGAGCAGUCUGCCUCUGUCUGUCACACAUCUAGUACUAUCUAGUACGGAUGGCCUAUGACCUGUGAGCAGUCUGCCUCUGUCUGUCACACAUCUAGUACUAUCUAGUACGGAUGGCCUAUGACCUGGGAGCAGUCUGCCUCUGUCUGUCACACAUCUAGUACUAUCUAGUACGGAUGGCCUAUCACCUGGGAGCAGUCUGCCUCUGUCUGUCACACAUCUAGUACGGAUGGCCUAUCACCUGGGAGCAGUCUGCCUCUGUCUGUCACACAUCUAGUACUAUCUAGUACGGAUGGCCUAUCACCUGGGAGCAGUCUGCCUCUGUCUGUCACACAUCUAGUACUAUCUAGUACGGAUGGCCUAUCACCUGGGAGCAGUCUGCCUCUGUCUGUCACACAUCUAGUACUAUCUAGUACGGAUGGCCUAUGACCUGGGAGCAGUCUGCCUCUGUCUGUCACACAUCUAGUACUAUCUAGUACGGAUGGCCUAUGACCUGGGAGCAGUCUGCCUCUGUCUGUCACACAUCUAGUGCUAUCUAGUACGGAUGGCCUAUGACCUGGGAGCAGUCUGCCUCUGUCUGUCACACAUCUAGUACUAUCUAGUACGGAUGGCCUAUGACCUGGGAGCAGUCUGCCUCUGUCUGUCACACAUCUAGUACUUUCUAGUAUGGAUGGCCUAUGACCUGGGAGUAGUCUGCCUCUGUCUGUAUGUGUUAGAUUUGGUUUCACCACUACUAGGGUCUGAAGUACCUUGUGUUAUUGUGCAGAGGGUUCUCAGUUUGGUCCCUGGUUUGGAAAGGCAGUGACUGAACUCACUUUUGUUUGCAUCUGACCAAUGACCCAGACCUACAUAUGUGAGUGUCAGACUGAGAGUUUGAGUUACAGGCUGACUGGAAGUUCUGGGCACUGUAUGACAAAUCAGGGCACCCUUAAAUAUUCUAAUAGACACGCCUAUAAGUGCUAAAUAUUUAAUGAUGGUCCAGCCCUCUAGAGUCAAGGUGUGAUCUGAAAUGUGUCUGGAAUCCCACUCCCCAUCUGCCCACUGUCUACUACUACUCUUUGUCUGGUAUUAGAAUAGACAGCCCUCUAUCCCCACUCUAUCUGCAAAUGUCUUCAUUUCUCUUUCUUGCAUUUUUUCAGGAGAUGCGUCAGUGCAGAGGAAUCACAGGUAAUGAUCCAGGUUCAGAUGUUCCAUAUUAUUGUCGAGAAAAACAUACUAUAUACGUUAUGCGGUUCAGUCCAGUAUUAUUUGCACAUAGUCAAAUCCGUCAGGAAGGGCUCCCGAGUGGCGCAGCAGUCUAAGGCACUGCAUCUCAGUGCAAGAAGUGUCACUACAGUCCCUGGUUCCAUUCCAGGCUGUAUCACAACCGGCUGUGAUUGGGAGUCCCAUAGGGUGGCACACGAUUGGCCCAGCGUCAUCCGGGUUUGACCAGGUUAGGCCGUCUUUGUAAAUAAGAUUUUGUUCAUAACUUACUUGCCUAGUUAAAUAAAGGUCUCUGCCCCACCUCUGGCUCCCCCAGACAUUAGACCUGAGCUGGAACCUAUUCUCCUGAGGGGGUCUGUAUCUGUCUGACCAGUGGUGGAGGACAGGUUGAGGGGGCAGCAGUGUACACAGAGCAGACAGUUUCUCACUGCACUGGCACUCUGCCAGAAUGGAAGAAAUGUGAAGGCAAACAAGGGCCCCGGUGUACCAGGCUGCGUCCCCAGACGAAGAGGCCCUGGUGUGGGCAGGCAGGGAGCUGGGCUGGGUCUUCCUCUCCAGGACCAGGGACUCUCUGACAGUCAGUGAGCUGGGCCUCAAACGCCACUACCAGCUCCCUCACCCUGCUCGACUUCACCAGACAUGUCUGUACUGGUGCGGGAGCCAGAGGGAGGGCUGAACUUAUGCUGUAAAGGUGCUGACAUAGUGAUCUUGGAGAGACUACAAAAAGACUGUCCAUAUCUGGAGAGCACUGUGAAAGCUUUAGAUUCUCUGUAUGAGAAUUGGUUCAUCAUCCUGUACAACGUCUUCUACACCGACAUGCCAGUAGAAUACCUGGGCUUUUUUGAACAGGAGAUGAGGGCAGUCUGAGCUCCAAAAGGUUGGCCAGUGACAGGAGCUGUCCAACCCCUGGCUGCUGACUGCCACCCUGUUCUAUGCCAUCUACACCUCCCUGGUCCUCUUCUUCGUGCCCCUGGGGGUGUUCUAGAACUCUGCUCUGGACUACCAGACCAUGGCCGUUACCGUCACCUUUAGCAUCAGUAGUGGAGAGGGUAGCAAGUUUUAAGUUCCUCGGCAUACACAUCACAGACAAACUGAAUUGGUCCACUCACACUGACAGCGUCGUGAAGAAGGCGCAGCAGCGCCUCUUCAACCUCAGGAGGCUGAAGAAAUUCGGCUUGUCACCAAAAGCACUCACAAACUUCUACAGAUGCACAAUCGAGAGCAUCCUGGCGGGCUGUAUCACCGCCUGGUACGGCAACUGCUCCGCCCUCAACCGUAAGGCUCUCCAGAGGGUAGUGAGGUCUGCACAACGCAUCACCGGGGGCAAACUACCUGCCCUCCAGGACACCUACACCACCCGAUGUUACAGGAAGGCCAUAAAGAUCAUCAAGGACAUCAACCACCCGAACCACUGCCUGUUCACCCCGCUAUCAUCCAGAAGGCGAGGUCAGUACAGGUGCAUCAAAGCUGGGACCGAGAGACUGAAAAACAGCUUCUAUCUCAAGGCCAUCAGACUGUUAAACAGCCACCACUAACAUUGAGUGGCUGCUGCCAACACACUGUCAUUGACACUGACCCAACUCCAGCCACUUUAAUAAUGGGAAAUGAUGUAAAUAUAUCACUAGCCACUUUAAACAAUGCUACCUUAUAUAAUGUUACUUACCCUACAUUACUCAUCUCAUAUGCAUAUGUAUAUACUGUACUCUAGAUCAUCGACUGCAUUCUUAUGUCACUAGCCACUUUAACUAUGCCACUUUGUUUACUUUGUCUACAUACUCAUCUCAUAUGUAUAUACUGUACUCGAUACCAUCUACUGUAUGCUGCUCUGUACCAUCACUCAUUCAUAUAUCCUUAUGUACAUAUUCCUUAUCCCCUUACACUGUGUAUAAGACAGUAGUUUUGGAAUUGUUAGUUAGAUUACUUGUUGGUUAUCACUGCAUUGUCGGAACUAGAAGCACAAGCAUUUCGCUACACUCGCAUUAACAUCUGCUAACCAUGUGUAUGUGACAAAUAAAAUUUGAUUUGAUUUGAUUUAGCAUCAAUGUG